AUGGGCAGUCGAGAUGCCCAACCGGGCGAUGACGGGGCGUACCAUAUGCAUAGGCACCGGCUCGACAGCUCUCUAAAUUUCCCGUCCGUCAGUAUUCGAGAUCUUGACAAUCCGGAACCGAACAUCCGCCAUUUUCUCGGCCCGCCGGUUUCUAGUAUUCGACGUUUGUCCUUUCCGAGCGAUGAUGAAGAAGAGGACCAUGAAACCCGAAGACAACUUGUCACCGAGAUCACAAGGGAAGCUACGGGCCUGGUUGAUGAUGUCCAAAAUGACACAACUGCCGCAACACAUAUGCCGGUCGAAGUUGCCGUGAUCAGACGCUGGCCGACGAGGGAUGUCACCGACGACAAGAUUCACGAUUGCUACGUGGAUUUUAUUCUCUGCUGCAAUCCCGCUGUUCCGGAUAACUGUGAUACGGCUGAACUACGCAAGUCCUUUAGGGCUCCACCCAAGAGUGAUGGUGUAACAUUCUCGGUUUUCAAGCUCUUCCAAUUGAUAAAACGAUUUGAGGAAGGAGAUAUCAAGACCUGGAUCCAGCUUGUAACGGAGCUUGGAGUGGAACGAAAGCAAGACCAGAGUACCCAGAAGGUCCAACAGUACGCUGUGAGAUUAAAGAGAUGGAUGCAUGCCAUGCACGUGGAUGCUUUCUUCGAGUAUUGCCUGGGGCGCCCCCACGGUUACUAUACGGACAUCCCACUCAGUCUUCCCACGCUUGAUGACGAAGUUCGUGAUGGCGUUCCCCUAGAAGAAGAUCUAGCCUUGCGAGCCCUCCUACCAGAAUACCGUCCUAAACGAGGGAGACGGAAAGUAGAAAGAAAUUCCAUCGACUCGAGCUAUAUGAGCAUAUCUGAAAAAAGACACAAACAACCGCUUCUUCCUGCGACGUUGCCUAAUAUCUUGUCUCCAGAAGAACCUAGUCUGCUGAAUUACGAAGAGAGCCAUGUUUCCAGCUCCCUGCAGAAGGAAGACAGAAUCCGGGAUCUUGAUCCCCUCCAACCAGAUGCUCGUCUUUGGCCGGAACUAAGAAUCCACAACUCGCAACCCCUGUUCCAUUCGAUCUUUUCUAACCCCUUUGACACUUUGCAUCCGGUUGUCCCUGGUGGACAGCCGCUUCGGUGGCAUACUCCCCCAAAGCCGUUUGACCUAAGCCACCGGCCCGGCGGACCUCAUGAAAGGAUCCGCUCGGUACCGGUUCAGCAGUUCCCGACCCUUAAGCGCGCCCGACGGAAUCAUAGGCUGACUGUUUCGUCAGCCUGGCCGUCCUUCGGGACCUCAAGGGGAGGGAAAUCUCGUGGCCGCCCGACUGGGAACCGUGGCGCCGCAGAGACUUUGUACACUACUUUUCCGGCGAGUCCGGCGAGCUUGGAAGUACAACUCAGCGACCAAGGAAUCAAUGUGCCUCUAGGACCCGAACUCUCCUCGACAACUACUGCAAUCGACGAACAACUGCAAUUCGGCUCCAAGGCUCACCAAACGAUACUACCACCGAUCAUCCACCCGCUUGAAGACCCCGCGUACGAUCAUAAUGUCGAAAUCCCACCACUUCUUGAGAGAGAAAUAUCAUUCGAUCCAUAUAGCGUUUUAGGAAGGGGUGAAAUGAUUAAAGAACAACUCGCGACUCACCUGCUCACAGCACCGCAGGACGACAUGACCGUUGGCCUUGCAAGAUCACUCGCCGAUUCCCUGGUCGAUGGGGUGAUGCAAGAGAAUAAUGAUAGGGUGAUUGGAACUACUUUGCGUCCGCUGUCAAUGCUCCUCGGCCUAGAUGCAUUGGAUAUGCACGACCUUAUCAUCACUAAAGAUUCACCGAUAUCUGAAGUUGAGAGGCUAGGGAAAGAAAUAUCAUUGUUCGAGCGAUAUCGGGCUACGGAUCCUGAGGAACAGAGUUUGCACGAUCUCAUCAAUACCGACGAUAGUCCUACCUCCCCACAAACGAUCGCAGCGACGAAUGAUCAAGAGAAUAGAGCGCCCAUAAACGUGAAUCUAGAAGAUAAGUACCAGAUAUCCUGGAAGCUCAAGCUUGGAUCGGUAGUGGCAUCAGUAUCAACCUCGGUGACACUGGCGGAUAAGCCACAGCAGGCUGUUGAAGAGGAGCAGCGCCUCCCAGACGAAUUUGAGGUUGACAUGUUGUUGAGUGAUAUGGAAACCGGCAAUCCAAGCCCAGGAUCCUUUCCAGGGAGUACAUCGGAUCUACUGUUAAAUGAUGACAUUGAACCACCACUAGAUGAUUCGAUUGACUGGAGGGCAAGGUAUUUUGAGGCCCGAGAAAAACUUCGAAAAGUGGAGGAAGAACUCGAGCGACUAAAACACGAUCUUAUCGCGCGUGUUAUGUCAUAG